AUGGCCUCCAGCCACUCCAGCCCCAUUCGCCCUUCUUCCCCGACUCAUGAGCUUUCGCCUCCGCGCAGACGCCGAAGAUCCUCUCCCAAGGCGAAGCCGGUCGGGGCCCCCGGCGCUUCUGCCGGUAAUGCUGCUCAGCAGGACAACAGCACUGCUUACGGCGAGGAUGCCACCCAAUCCCGACUGUCCUUGAGACGGUUGAAGCAGGGCGAAGGCCAUCAAAGGAUUCGCCAUGGAGCAUCAGAGCUGCUGCGUCUCUCAGAAGACUUCCCCGGCUACCAUGGCCAAUCUGGAGGGGGCGGCUUCCACUCCGCCCACGACCAAGCCCUCCCCAGCGACAGCGACCUGCGCCACAUGGCCCAGCUGUCCCACAACAUCGCCAACGACAUUUUCGACAUCUUCGCCCUGAGGAACGAAGACCCCAGCAGCCAGCACCGACGCGGCGCAGACAGCCGGCGGCAUCACCAGUCCCAGACCAUCGCGCCCGGCCAUGCGAGCUUGAUGCGCAAAGGCGGCAAAGGCGAUACCGCCGCCGACUUCUACUGCCACAAGUGUCAUCGUGUCGAUACUCCCCAGUGGCGGCUCGGCCCAGACGGACCCAUGACAUUGUGCAAUGUGUGCGGUUUGGUUUACGCCAAGAGACAGCAGAAUCUGGAUGAUUUGACGAUGCCUGGUUCCCCCAGCAUGAACAGGCACUGCCGGCAGGACGAGUCGUCGUGA